AUGCCCAACCGACCACGCCUUUUUUGGGAUGUAUGUUACCUCCACACUUCCUCCUCGCGCUUUCCCCUGUCACCUACGCGCUCCCCCAUCUCACCUCCUCGCAUCCUCCUCGCGCUCUCAUCUCCGCGCUCCCCCGUCUCACCUCCGCGCUUCCCCCGCGCGCUCCCUUCUCUCACCUCCGUGCUUCCCCCUGUCACCUCCGCGCUCCUCCUUCUCACCUCCGCGCUUCCCCCUCAUCUCGGCACUUUCCCCUCACGCUUUCCCCCUCUCACAUCCGCGCUUCCCCCUCUCACGUUCGCGCUUCCCCCCCUCACCUUCGCGCUUCCCCCUCUCACCUUCGCGCUUCCCCCUCGUCAACUUUGCGCUUCCCCCACUUCGCGCUCCCCCCUCUCACCGCUCUUCCCCCCCUCACCUCCGCGUUCCCCCUUGCACCUCUCCCUCCUGCCACAUCUCCCUCCUGCCGCCUCUCCCUCCUGCCGCCUCUCCCUCCUGCCGCCUCUCCCUCCUGCCGCCUCUCCCUCCUGCCGCCUCUCCCUCCUGCCGCCUCUCCCUCCUGCCGCCUCUCCCUCCUGCCGCCUCUCUCCCACGGCUCUGCCCGCAGUGGCCAGCACGCAGCCCUGCGCCCUCUGUGUUGUGUGCUGCUGCCAUGCCAGCCGCACGGCCUCGCCUGCACUCACUGCAUGUGCCAAGCCUGGGGCCACCGUGUGCACGAUACCUCCUGCUGCUGCUGGCGUGCCUGGCCGAUCCUCCCGCCACACACGCACAGCCAUUCGACCGCAACCAACUCAGAGGCCUGUUAGACACUGUGCUGACAUCAUGGCAGCGGGGGUGGCUCCCACUCCCUCCAUCGCCACGCACAUCCCAGAUACCACCUUUCCCAAUGCCACCUCCCCGGAUGCCACCAGCAGCGGCAGCGGCGGCAACACAGCCAGGGAGUGGGGCCAUCACAUGCGGUACAGGAGGCGAGAUGGGGAGUGCUGGAGCCGAGCUGAGAUGGCGUGCUAUGCCGGGCACGGGCGCACAGUGCAUGCACAGGCACAGGCGCAGGCUCAGGUUCACGCACAGGGGCGAUCAGGGGCAGAGGCAGAGUCAGAGGCGCUGGUGCGCAAGAUGCACGAGUACCAGCGGUACCGGCGGGAGUGCCUCCACAGGGAGCCCCUGCAGCAGCUGCGCGCCACGCUGGUGGCGGGCAAGGCCAGUGAGUGCCGGUACCUGGUGUGGCAGCACAACCCCGACGGGCAAGGCAACCGCCUGCUCUCCCUCGUCUCCGCCUUCGCCCUCGCGCUGCUCUCCCGCCGCAUCCUCCUCCUCGCCCGCCCCAACGGCCCCGCGGCGCUUCUCUGUGAGCCGUUCUCCGAGGCGGGCGAGGGGCCCGAGGGGUCGUGGGUGCUGUUUCCGGGGGAGGGCGUGGAGGAGGAGAUGCAGGCGUGGAGCCUGUUCAGUGAGAGGGGCGUGGAGUGGAGCCAGGCGUGGCAGGCGUGCCAGCAGCAGCAGCAGCAGCAGCAGCAGCAGGGCCAGCAGCAGGGGCAGCAGCAGGGCCAGCAGCAGGGGCAGCAGGAGGGUCAGCAGGAGGUGGAGCAGCAGCAGGGGAAGAGGGAUGGAGAUGGUGUGGGUGGAGACACGAGGAGGCAGUUGCUGUCUGGAAUACAGCAGCCUGUGGCUCCUCCUGAUGCACCUGCUCCUGCUCCUGCCCCACCCGUUGUUCCCUUGCUUAUACAGCCGUCCACACCCCCAUCCCUGCCAUCCCCUCUCAGCAAUGCCUCCGAUCAACUUCCACCACCGCUGCCACUGCCGCCGCUGCUAUCAGUGGCUGCUGCUCCUGGCGUUGACAGCAGUGCGGAGGCACACGAUGCAGAGUGCACCGUUCCACCCAUACUGCGAGUGGAUCUCUUCCACCACACGCCCCCACCAGGCCUUUUCUUCUUCUGUGACGCCCACCAGCGCUGGCUGGCACGUGCGCCCACGCUGCUGCUCUCGUCCAACCAGUACUUCCUGCCCGCGCUCUACCUCCUCCCCUCCUUCCGCCGCGCCCUGCUGCUGCUCUUCCCCACGCACCGACCGUUCCACUCGCUGGCCCGCGUGCUGCUCGUCCCCUGCAACCGCAUCUGGGCACGCCUCACAGUGCGCUACCACGCGCUGCUUGCACCGCUGCCGGGAAGGGUGGGCGUGCAGGGGCGCUUCUUGCACAACUGGGACGCGCAGCGCGUGAGGGAGAGGACGCUGGUCCUGGGGCACUGCGCUGGGCAGGCGCUGAGCGGGCUGCUGGCCGCCCAGCCUGGGGAUGCUGCCGUGGGUGGGGUGAGCCACGGCACUGAUGGCACCGCUGAUUCUUCCAGUGGUGCUGCUGCGGUGAGCGGUGCACAGACAGCAAAGGGAGUGGCAGCAUCAGUGAUGGUGGCGUCGCUCAAUGCUCAUUUCGCUCACAACCUCUCCCGCCUGCUGUCCAACCAGCUCGGACACCCCGUGCACGUGCGAGGGACUGUGGAGCCUGCUGGCAGCAGCAACAGCAGCCAAGACUCAACACAGGAAGGCCCCAGGGCAACCGACAGCAGCAGCAGCAGCACCAGCCCUGCGGAAGGUGGCACUUUGAGCAGCGAGAGCGGCAGGGACAGCAGCAGUGGUGGUACAAGGGCGGAGGUGGAGGUGGUGCAGCUGACGGAGGAGGAGCAGCAGGACAACAGCGACGGGCGCAACGUGGACGACGCCAUCAUCGACCUCUUCUCCCUCGCCCUCUUCUCCCACUCCCUCCUCCUCUCCCCCACCUCCACCUUCGGCUACCUCAUUGCUGCCCUCGCCCCGCACACCCCGGCCCGCUUUGCCUCCUCCUCCUGCCCGCCUGCCCCACCAGAGCCGUGCUACCACCACCCCCCCACCCACGACCAGUGCCCUGACGGCCAGCCGCUGCUGCUGGAACGGGCCGUGGCUGCGGUGCCGCACCUGCCUCUCAUGCGCUGUGCCGACCUCUCACUGGGGCUCGCUCUCAACACUGCCGCUGCUCCUGCUGAUCAUCCUGGCCAGUGGGCAUGA